AUGACAUCCCUUAAGGCUCUCGAUAGCAUCGACUCCUACACGGUCGCCUGGAUCUCUGCCUUGCCGAUCGAACGGUCUGCCGCAGAGGCCAUGCUCGAUGAGGAGCAUAAGACCCCGACCAACUUCGUCAGACACGAGUCUGACGAAAAUAUUUACACAUGGGGUCGGCUGGGAGAGCACAACGUCGUCCUUGCCUCGCUCGAAGCUGGGUCAAACGGGGCUUCAAUGGCGGCGACGACUGCCUCGAGCCUCCUUGCCUCUCUACCGUCGAUACGCAUCGGCCUCUUAGUGGGAAUAGGCGGCGGUAUUGCUCGACCGAUGGACAAGAACCAAGACAUCCGCCUGGGAGACAUUGUAGUCAGCCAGCCGGAUGGGACAACGGGUGGUGUAUGCCAGUACGACCUGAUCAAGGCCAAGACUGGCGGCAAGCGCGAACGCACAGGCUUCCUCGGAAAGCCUCCGAAAGUUCUACUUCACGCCCUUUCCAAGAUCCAGGCAGCACAUGAGCGCGAGGACUCCAAGGUCCCUUUCCAUAUUCAAGGGAUGCUGGCCAAGUACCCCAAGAUGGGCAAGAAGUCCGACAGAAAAUCUGGCUAUGCUCACCAAGGCUCCGAGAACGACCGGCUGUUCCAGGCCACCUACGCCCAUACAUCUGGGUCGGACUGUCAGGAUUGCGACAAAACUGGCGAGGUCCCACGAGACGCUCGCGAUACAACAGAUCCCGAGAUCUACUACGGCAUUAUCGCAUCAGGUAACACUCUUGUCAAAGAUGCGGCAGAGCGCGACCGGAUCGUUGAUGACGUUGGCGAAAACUGCCUCUGCUUCGAGAUGGAAGCAGCUGGCCUGAUGAACUCCUUCCCCUGCCUUGUGAUCCGGGGCAUCUGUGAUUACGCUGAUUCUCACAAGAACUAUCAGUGGCAGCAGUACGCAUCGGCCACUGCCGCUGCGUAUGCGAAGGAGCUCCUCGCCUAUGUCCCGGCCGUCGAGGUACAGGGGACUGAGCGGGCGUUGGAGCUGAUACGAUCGGGUUCGUCUACCACUCUCCCACACUACAGAAGCCAGCCUGUAAUCUGUUAUGAAUUUGGACAUUCUUUGACGCUUCCUAGUCGAUGGGAAACUCGACAAUGUGGGGCAGACGAUGAAUGCGACAAAAGCAAACAUUGA